AAGAAAAACCGCGAGAGUCACCUGUAAUCAGCAAUCAACAGGUGGAAUUUCGUCAAUUUUUUCGUCUCUGUUUCGUUAAUAAAUAUUUCCAAGUUUAAAGUUUUGAACUAAAUAAGGUGAUUAUCGUUAUAAAGUAGUCACGCAUUAUCUGUUUAGUCAAAAAGAUCAUUACAUUCCAGGCCCUUUUAAUAUUCGAGUAAUUUAAACCAGCGGAACGUUUGCAAAUCUAGUCGUUUGGAAGAUUUUUCAGCUCUAGAAAGCAGUCGAAUUCUAAAAUACUUAAGGCCAGACGACUCGUCAAAUAAAAUUAAGUUGUUAAGAUGAACUACAGUCAGCAGCAACGUUUCAGCCCAGCAUAUUUGGCCUUCGUCCAAGGUUUGAAGAAACCGGUCACUCCGAAACAAUCGUGUCCUAGUCAACCAAAACAGGCGUCGACGGGUCAAAAUCAGCCAUCGAAGCAAAAACCAAAGCGAAACAACUUUCAAUCCUUUAUCGACUUGCGAAAAAAUUUUCGAAACGCCUUCGCCUCCGGUGUUCUCAAACCUGGCCAUUUUGCCCCCCGAAUUCACGCCAUGGUCACCGCGGCGACAAAUGCUAUCUUAGAAGACGCGAAAAAACGAAAUAUUAACGCGAUUUUAAGUGAACUUUGCAAAGACGGUAGAUUAAAACCGUUCAGUACCGCGGAAGCGCUGGCUUUCAUUUGGGUCUAUGUCGGCAUGAUGGAGGCGGUGACGGCGAGAAAUGGACCAACCCCUUGCACCGGGGGGCUCAACGGCCAAUUAGUGUUUUUGUUUAAACAAGCAGUCUCCCUCGAUAAGAAGAAGAACAUGCUACACGUCGCCCUUUUGUGGAAGAAGGUGCAAAAAUGUCACCCACCACCGUCGUCUGAGUUCCAUUCAUAUGCGCAAAUUUUUAAGAACGCUUAUGGUCGCGAGGAUUUGGACAUGGUGCCCACUCCGGAGACAAGAAUGGAAAAGCUUUUUUUGGAAAUAUCCGACAAAUCGGGGAAUCCGUUCUCCUUCUUGCACGAGGAAGAUGAAGGUUGGGAAGUCGACACACCCCCUGUCAAGGAAAUACCAGUUGCAUCCGUGAAAACAGAGAUAAAGGACAAACCAAAUCGUCCUCCAGUCCAGCAAGAAAUUGACACUUCUUUCCUCAAGAAACCGCACCAAUUCCGAAGUGAUCUUCAAAAAAUUAGUCAAAAGUUAGUCCAAGAUCUUACUCCAAAAGCGAUUAUGAAACCAUCCUCAUCGACCUUUAGUUCUGUCCAUGCUCAACAAAAAGUUGCCCCCGUCAAGGUAAAAUCUUAUCGAGAAAGGGAUGAUGGCAAAUCAAUCAAGCAGGGGAACGUUGAGACGGCGUCGGCAUCAAAAUCAGGUCCAUCAGUCCAGGAAGUUAGAAAACCUUCGAAAAAGAAAAAGAAUCUCGCCCCGGAAACUAUGGAUAACGAUUUUCUUCUCUUCCUCACAAAUCCGAGGGAGUACAUCAGAUUGAAUCCGUCCUUGUUUCCAUCAAGUGAUGCCACUUGGUCUGCCAGGAAGUUACUUCCGGAUCAACCCCCAAAACGGAAGAAACCAAAUCCGGUGAAUGAUCCCGUCCCGGAACCGGAAGUCACUCAAACUCCUGCCGACUGUACGGAAACGUUGCUCAGCGUGGAUUUUACGCCGGAUGAGUACGUCGAUCAGACCACGGCGUCCAAUUAUUAUGCUCAAGGGGUCAAAAUUGUCGACGGGGUGAAAAGGGUCGUCUUCUAUCAUAAGAUGAUAAAUCCCUCGGCCAUUAAGAAAGAACCAGUUUAAAUUAAUCUUGACUUAUCUAUGAACUAUGUAUGUAAAUGUGGUUUUCAACUUAUCGCUGUAACGAUUAAAUGUGAUUGGCAGUGACAAUUUGUCACUGAUGUAAAUGUGAUGUGGUGUGAUUGUCAAUUUUUCACUUAUUACGAAUUUAUAUCGAACGUUAUUAAGUUAUUAAUUACGAUACAUGAUUUAGUAAUAAAUAUUAAGGAAACGUAUGUAAAGGAAUAUUUACGUAGGUGAUUAAUAAAGUAAUCGAUAGGGUGAGAAGGGUCAUAUUCUAUCAUAGAUGACAGAAUAGGUAUAUGAAGAAAGAACACAUUUAAAUUAAUGUUGCUCAACAUUAAUUUAAAUGUGUACCUUGAUAACUCAAGUUAUCAAGGUAAAUGUGGUGGUCAAUUUAUCGCUUAAAGUAAUUAUCUAUUUAAUUACGAUUCAUAAUAAAUAUGAUUUGGAUCAUUAUUAUGUAUUUAUAAUGACGUAUUGAAAAUAUUUAUCUGUAUAUUUUGUUACAAAUAUAUUUUGACUCAAGCUAUAAUAAUAAAGUGACUGAUAAAUUAUUAG